UUAGGAAAUUUACAAUUGGAACUACAUUGUGUAUUUUAGUCAAAAAUUUUAAACAAAAAUGUCUAGCCGACAAAAAUUCCAAGGAGAUUCAUACAAUGCGGGGUACGAUCAACUUCCCACAUACGAACAACAGCAGCCUUCAGCUUAUGGUUACCCGAUGACGAGAUCAUCAACAAAUGUUAUCGUCACCAAUGCCCCUGCACCACACGUGGUUGCUGCACGAAGAGGAAACGACUGGCUGGUGCCUGCCGUUCUUUCGUGUCUCUGCUGUUUCUGGCCUACUGGGAUCUGUGCCAUCGUUGCAGCUUCAAAUGCAAGAAGCCGUUUCGACGAGGGUGACUACGAAGGUGGGCAAUCUAGUGCCAACUCGGCUAAAAGGCUGACCUUAAUCUCGCUUGGACUCGGCAUCCUCUCUCUUGCCGCCUAUAUUAUCCUCAAAUUCGUCGUGUUGAAAGAAACCGAAAGCCAAAUUAAUGAAUAUACAACAACAACGACCCUGUGGAACUGGAACCCAAACUAAUCUUUACGGAGUACUAACUUUGAUUUAUUGUUUUACAUGUCCAGUUAAAUCAUUUGCGCAGUAGUAUAUAAUCACUGUACAUUCCACGAUCAUAGAAACGUUAAUUUUUAAUUGUUGAUAUAAUGCAAAAGUUUUAAUUAACAAAUUAACAUUCGAUAUUAUAAUUUUCCUUCCUUCAU